AUGGGGCCCGCGCCGCCGCUGCUGGGGCUCCUGCUCCUGCCCGCGCUGUGCGGAGGGGUUAUUGUUGAAGUGGAAGGAGAAAGCAAGUUGGACCAACCACCCCCAGGACCGUUCCCAGGGAGCCUGCUGGCCAACCAGAGGCUACGCCCCUCCCCUCUCUCCAGUGGGGACCGGCCUGGCUUGAUGUCACCCAUCCUGACCUCUGCCGCCUCGAAGCUUCUCCCGCCUCUUGCAUUUAACCACACGGUUGGACACAUAAUACUUUCUGAGCAUAAAGGUGUCAAGUUUAAUUGCUCCAUCAAUAUACCUAGUAUGUACCUGGAACCCACGGGUAUCUUCUGGUGGAAAGACGGGAAGGAACUGCUUGGGGCGCAUCAUUCAAUCACACAGUUUUAUCCUGAUGAUGAAGGCACGUCAAUCAUUUCAUCCUUCAGCAUAACCAGUGUGCAGCGCUCGGACAAUGGGUCAUACAUCUGUAAGACCAGAGUAAACAAUGAAGAGAUCGUGUCCGACCCCAUCUACGUGGAAGUUCAAGGACUUCCUCACUUUACUAAGCAGCCUGAGAGCAUGAACGUCACCAGAAACACAGCCUUCAACCUCACCUGCCAGGCUGUGGGCCCGCCUGAGCCCGUCAACAUUUUCUGGAUUCAAAACAGCAGCCGUGUUAAUGAACUGCCCGAGAAAUCUCCCUCCAUCCUAACGGUUCCGGGUCUGACGGAGACGGCCAUCUUCAGCUGUGAGGCCCACAACGACAAAGGACUGACCGUGUCCAAAGGCGUGCAGGUCAACAUCAAAGCGAUUCCCUCUCCGCCAACCGAAGUCCGCAUCCUCAACAGCACAGCACACAGCAUUCUCGUCUCCUGGGUCCCGGGCUUCGAUGGCUACUCUCCUUUUAGGAACUGCAGCAUUCAGGUGAAGGAAGUGGAUCCGCUGAGUAACGGCUCCGUCAUGACCUUUAACACCUCAGCCUCGCCGCAUCUGUAUCACGUCGCGCAGCUGCAGGCCCUGGCUAACUACAGCGUUGGGGUGUCCUGUAUGAAUGACGUAGGCUGGUCUGCGGUGAGCCCCUGGAUUGCGGCCAGCACGACCGAAGGAGCUCCAUCAUCUGCGCCUUUAAAUGUCACGAUGUUUCUGAAUGAAUCUAGUAACACAGUGGAUGUCAGGUGGCUGAAGCCUCUAAUUAAGCGUCAGGAUGGGGAACUGAUGGGCUACCAGCUAUCUCAUAUGUGGCAGAAUGCAGGCACUUUGAAAGAGCUCUCUCAAGAAGUCGGCCAGAACGACAUCCAGGCUCAACUCUCUGUUCAAGUCUACAACGCCACGUGCACAGUGAGGAUUGCAGCCGUCACCAAAGGGGGGACCGGGCCUUUCAGCGAGCCGGUGAGGAUAUUCAUCCCCGCACCAGGUGGGGUGGACUACGCUCCCUCGUCUACGCCGGCGCCCGGCAACGCGGAGCCGGUGCUCAUUGUCCUCGGCUGCCUCUGUGGAAUCGUGCUGGUCGCCUUCGUCUUGUAUCUUUCCCUGGCCAUCAGAAAGAGAGUCCAGGAGACUAAAUUCGGGAGCGCGUUCACUGAAGAAGAUUCUGAGUUAGUUGUGAAUUAUGUAGCAAAGAAAUCCUUCUGUCGGCGAGCCAUAGAACUCACCUUACAUAGCUUGGGAGUCAGCGAGGAACUGAAAAAUAAACUGGAAGAUGUUGUGAUUGACAGGAAUCUUCUAAUUCUUGGGAAAAUUCUUGGUGAAGGCGAGUUCGGGUCUGUGAUGGAAGGAAAUCUGAAGCAGGAAGACGGGGCCUCCCAGAAGGUGGCUGUGAAGACCAUGAAGUUGGACAACUUUUCUCAGCGGGAGAUCGAGGAGUUUCUCAGUGAGGCGGCGUGCAUGAAAGACUUCAACCACCCAAACGUCAUCGGACUUCUAGGCGUGUGUAUAGAAAUGGGCUCUCAGGGCAUCCCGAAGCCCAUGGUGAUUUUGCCCUUCAUGAAGUACGGGGACUUGCACACCUACUUACUCUAUUCCAGAUUGGAGACAGGACCAAAGCCCGUUCCUCUGCAGACGUUACUCAAGUUCAUGGUGGACAUUGCCCUGGGGAUGGAGUACCUGAGCAACAGGAAUUUCCUCCACCGGGAUUUAGCUGCUCGGAACUGCAUGUUGCGAGACGACAUGACUGUCUGCGUGGCAGACUUUGGCCUCUCCAAGAAGAUUUACAGUGGCGAUUACUACCGCCAAGGCCGCAUUGCUAAGAUGCCCGUGAAGUGGAUCGCCCUAGAGAGCCUUGCAGACCGGGUCUACACCAGCAAAAGUGAUGUGUGGGCAUUUGGCGUGACCAUGUGGGAAAUCGCGACACGGGGAAUGACCCCCUACCCGGGAGUCCAGAACCACGAGAUGUAUGACUACCUUCUGCACGGCCACAGGCUGAGGCAGCCCGAGGACUGCCUGGAUGAACUGUACGAGAUCAUGUACUCUUGCUGGAGCACCGAUCCCCUGGACAGACCCACCUUCUCUGUGCUGAGGCUCCAGCUGGAAAAGCUCCUGGAGAGCCUGCCCGACGCGGAGGACCAGGCGUCCAUCAUCUACAUCAACACCCAGCCUCGAGAGAGCGAGGAGGCCCCCGCCGAGGGCCCGGCGCUGGCCCCCCUGGACAUGGACAUCGACCCUCACUCCAUCAUCGCGGCCUGCGCGCCGCGGGGGGCCGUCAGCGUGGUCACCGCCGAGGUGCACGAGAGCCACGCUCCGGAGGAAAGGUACAUCCUGGACGGGGGCGCUGAGGAGUGGGCGGAGCCGGCGCUCCCAGCCCAGGACAGGCUGGGCAGGAAUGGGGUUUCCUGGUCACACAGCAGCACGCUGCCCCUGGGCAGCUCGGUGGUGGCGGCGGACACGUUCUCGUUUGCGGAUGACUCCUCAGAAGACGUGGAAGUCCCCCUGUGAGAAACGUCUGCCUGUCAUCGAGUUGAGUGGCAACAUGGCAAAACCAACCACCAAGUGAACUCUCUUGUUGGAGGACACUCCAGUUGUGCCUCGUGUGCCUGGUAUUUGUUUGUUUGUUUUGCUGUGUGUUUUUUUUACCAAGUCAACUCCGUGAUCCAGACCACCAGAUGAAUGCUGUCAAGUACGUUCUGCUUCAGAAAUAUGCGUAAGAGGAAGCAGGGAGUCGUGGCCCGUCGAUCGCUGCAGCCCUAGUACUCAGGAGGGUCUGGCCGGAGGAUCGCAAGUUCCAAGCCAGCUUGAGCGACAUAGCCAGAACCUGUCUCAGAAAACAAAAGCAACACCUCAUAGGGCUAAGGGUGUGGCUCGGCGGUAGAACCCAAGCUUCAUGCCCCCGCGUUCCAUCCCUAGCACCGCAAGAAAUAGAAAUAUAUAAUAUAUAUUUAUUUAAGGAGAAAAAUAUAUAUGUAUAUGAUGGAGUCAAGCAUGUUUUAUUUUAAUAAGACUACUUAUUUUAUGUCCUAUUUUCUUGCAGAUCUUGCAGUUUAAGCUUCAGUUAUUCUUCAGUGCUAACCUGUGUACAAAGUUGCUUAUUUUGGAAGUCCUUUUCUCCUGUGCCACUAUUAAAUGUAAAAGACUUGUAAAAUGAAAUACCAUAUUUGACUUCACCUCUGGUCUUCAUGAGAAAUGUCAUGUGCCCACAUGAAUCACGGGUGUGAUAAGAAUGAUUUGUUGAUGUUUCAGGUUUUAUGACUGGUUAACGAUUUGCUACACGUUCCUAAUAAAACACGAAUGAGGAA